GAAUGACCGAGAGCGGGGAACAGCAGCAGCACAGCACAUUGGUGCGCUUCGGCUGGAAGAUUUUGAACUUUUGUGAUGCCCAUUUCCUUCCAUUGGGUGAGGCAGGCCAUCACUUCAUCCCUCGAAAAGGACAGAAUGUGGCACACCGCUGUGUUCGUUUGUUCAGGCCUCGUGGUCUUUGUUGUCUUUGGAGCACUGGUAAGGAACCGCAACAAACGGGUGGACACGGAUCUCAUGCAUGGUGUUUGUGUCUGCUGUUCACUUCAGGUUCCUCUGCCCGGCAAAUGGCUGUCUGGCGUCGACAGCCCAGUUCCCAAGGGGCUGGUCUCACAGCUAUGUGUGUGCAUCAUCUUCCUCUUAUCCGGCCUGAAGCUGCAAUUUUCUGAGGUGAAAGAGGGCCUUCGUUGCUGGCGUGGGGCGGUGUACGGCACUCUGUCGAUUUUGCUGCUGACGCCCCUGGCUGGCUUCGGGCUGGUGUUUGUGCCGCUGGAGCCGCCCGACUUAUCGCUCGGCCUGGCGCUGUUUGCUCUGAUGCCGAUGACACUCACGAGUGGCGUGAUACUGACCAAACAGGCGGAGGGCAACACGCCGCUGGCACUCCUCUUCACCGUCGCCACCAACUUCAUCGCUAUCUUCACUCUACCAGCUACGGUGCCGCUGCUCGUCGACACACUACAGCAGCAGGGGCAGCAUGGUUCGAGCAAGAAAGACAUCAACGUCUCCAUCAACGGCACACAGAUGCUGCUCAACCUGACCUAUUCCAUCCUUAUUCCCUUGAUCGUGGGCAAGCUGCUGUCGCUGUGGCGGCCGGUCUCGGCGUUUGCGAAUGGUCACAGUCGUCUGAUGAAGCAUGCGUCGGCCUUCUUCCUUAUCGUCAUUGUGUGGAUGAGCGUGUCGAAGGCCGUCGAGCAGGUCAGACCAGCCGCACAAGUCAGGCAGGACACUCGAGGUGGUCAUCCAGUCGGUCAAGUCAUCCGCCUUGCUCUGCUCUCGUGUAUCGUUGUCGGUGUGUGCCUGUCUAUCAGAUAUCGACGCUUCAUGUGGAGAUGGUGGUUGCCACAGCUGCGUUGGGUGUGGGGCUGCACCUGGCUUACCUCGCACUAAACGCAUCAUUUUCCAUCAUACUGCGGCUGCCCACACGUGAGCACACACACACACACACACGCACUCUGCAAUGCUCAUGUCGCCACUGGGUGCCUUUGUCUGCUGUGAUUGUCUGUGUGCAGCGAUAAUGAAGGCCGUGGUGGUGUGCGCGUCUCAGAAGACACUGCCCGUGUGUGUGACGGUCAUUGAGUUCCUGCCAACCGAGCUGGGCAGCCGCGGCAUUAUGGUCAUCGGGGCGAUCCUCGGCCACUUCACACAAAUACUCAUCGACGCCUUCCUAGCCUCAUGGUGGGCACAGCGGGGCCGCCGAUUGAGCAAUAGCGAGGAGAAAGAUCUCACAGGUGCGUAUUCCACACACGCAACACCAGCACUCGUGCCGCCUUAGUGGCCAAGGGCCUCGCUGCCUCUUUGUAUAGCCCAUCUGUCUGUUUCUGUGUGUCAGGUGUCAGCGACAGUGUGGGAACCGACCAUCCUGCCUUGAGGGCAGGAGACCUGACCGAUGGGACGACUGACUAUCGUCGGAUGGCGAGGGAGGACGCCCCCGGGCAGAAGACGCAAUUGGACGUCACUGCGAAUACUGUGUGAUGAAUGUAAUGUCUGUCUGCAUCGUUGAGUGAGUGAGUGUAUGGUUUGUGUGAGUGGGUGUGGUGUUUUUUCUUGAUGUAUGUUGAUAGAUACGCACCUCACUCACGUCCAUCCACAUGGAUGUCAAUUGUCUAUACGUACGGUGCAGCCAGGUGAUGGGAUAUAUGUGAUGGAUGACACCCACUCCACUUUUGUGAGUAUUUCUGUUUGCCACAGGCCCGCUGCAUGAAUUGCAUGCGUGCGUGCGUGUGUGUAGGUCACCUGCCUUUAUCAGUGCGUGGCCGGCGACCUUUCGUCCACCGGAAUACAAGUGGCCGGCCAUUCAUUGUGCAUGGGUGACAUGACGCCCGAACAGGACGUCGAUAUAUUGCCUGCCGGUUUCGCGUACGUACGUACGUGUGUGGACAGAGGCAUAUAUAUUCACAUCACCUCACAACACACACGGCCUCUCGCGUCAGAGA